AGAGGAAUUUUUGCACAGAUGUUUCCAAUUGUGACGGGCACAGGAACAUCAGAACUAUCUCUGGGAGAGCUCCUGGGGCACUGCAGACCCCCUGGAAUGAGAGGGGAGCCUUGACUCAGCCCUGAGCAUCAGCCUGGUUGAGGAUUAUAAGAGCCGUUUUGAUCAGGGGAAAAUUUCUGUUUUUAGCACAGGCAGCAAUUAAAAUAGCUCAGGAAUCUCAACGCCUCGGGGAGCUGUCAUAAAAGGAGGCAGAAAAUCCAUCUUCUGGACUCCUCUGCACCAGAGAUGAGCCUGGAGGGAGCAGAAGAGAAGAGAGCCUGAGUUUCACCCGGUGGAAAAGGACAAGCCGAGCCGUCGAGCUGGAUACAGCACAUGGAUCCCGAGAUGCCCGUGGAGGAUCUCCGGGGUCCCAGCACCCCUUUCUCGCUCUCCUUUUCGGGCAGUGGUUUCCUGGCCCUCUACCAGGUCGGGGUGGUGCAGUCCCUCCUGGAACUGGCUCCUGAGCUCCUCAAAUCCGCCUGCAAGGUCUAUGGAUCAUCAGCUGGGUCCCUGAUCGCCGCCGCCGUCGUGUGCGGGAUCGGCCUCGAUGACCUAAAGGAAUUUUUCUUUGCCAUGGCAGCAGAAGUCAGGAAAACCAUCCUGGGCCCCCUCUCUCCCAGGUGCAGCUUGCUGGCCAAUAUCAAGUCUGUUCUGCAGAGGAUGCUCCCAGAGAAUUCCUACCAGCUGGCUUCAGGGAGGCUGCACAUCUCGCUCACCAGGGUGGCAGAUGGCCAGAAUGUCAUGGCCUCGGAGUUCAGCUCCAAAGAGGAGCUCAUUCAGGCUCUCCUCUGCAGCUGCUUCCUUCCCAUUUACUGUGGAUUCAUCCCUCCAUCCUACCGAGGAGUGCGCUACGUGGACGGGGGAUUCACCGGCCUGCAGCCCGUCUCCAGCCUGGAGGAGCCCGUCAUCACCGUGUCCCCCUUCACUGGAGAGCUCGACAUCUGCCCGAGGGACUGCCCUGCCAUCUUCUUCUGCUUCCAGAUCUUCAACGGCAGCGUCCAGAUCUCCAUAGAGAACCUCUGCAGGAUCAGCUACGCUCUCUUCCCGCCCAGCACCAUGGUCUUGAACGACAUUUUCUCCCAGGGGUACCAGGACACUGCCCUUUUCCUGUACAGGAACAAUGCCUUUGGAUUUAACUACUUCGAUGGGAAUUUCCGCUUUGGCAGCACCUGUGGGAAGAACAACUCCACCCAGUCUGAGGGGACACACUCUGGCCUGUGUAGGAGGGUCCCUCAGAGGCUGACCCCUUGCUUCCUGCCAGGCUUGUGGAAGAAGGAGCAGGUGAAUGGACUGCAGGAUCCCCUGACCAGGAUCCUGCUGCAGCCAUACAGGCUCCCAGCUUUAUUCAGGAAGGGGGUGAAGAAGGUGUGGGGGCUGCUGGAAGGUGUCACCUCCCUGGCACAAGGAUUCCACAAACUCCUGCAAACCUUGGUGCCUGCUUUGCCCAAGAGAGCUGCGGACAGGAGGUAA